UUUAGGGAAAGGUGGGAUUUUUUUGAAGUUGUUCAUCACAUGUGCAAAAAACUAUCAUAUGUUUCGCGUGGUUUUUAAAGUGCACAUUGAUUUGAUAUUUUAGUUUGUGGCUAGGCAUGUUGUAACGAUGGAAGACCCAAGAUUUACAAUGGACUCCUUCAACCCUUCUAUAUAAAUGUUUCCUAGUCUUUAGGACAUUUGGCUGCUCAAGUUUCUAUACAACAGAAAGAUCGAGAGAGAUAGAAAGAGAGAGAGAGAGAGAAAGAAAGCUAUGUUGUUUCUAAAUGUCUCCUUCUUAUAACACUUGAUAAGGUGAAGGAGAAAAAUAUUAACUCUUCAUUUGAUAGUUUUAUGUUUUAUUUGUUAGAAAUAUAUAUAUACAGGGAAAAAAAAAAAAAAAGCAUGAUGAGGAGGAAGAGUGAAACUUCUUUGCCAUAUUCAAAGUUCCAAAUUCAUUCGGUGGCAUGUCCAUCCAUCAGAAAGAGAAUUACAAUUUUGUACAAUUCAAAGACUGGUUUCAGUGAUGAUGCAUCUGAGCUGCAGAUCCUAGGCAUCCUUUGGCUUGCAAGAAGAGAAGUGGAAGAAAAAGACAACAUUAACAGAUCAAAUUUGAGGUUGUCAUCUCCUCAUCAUUAUCAUAGCCCUCCUACUCCUGCUGCAGGGUCGUCUCUGAAGAAAUCUUUGCAAAGAUUUUUGCAGAAGAGAAGAGACAGGAUUAGAGCUGCAGGGUAGCCAUUCCUUACUAAUAACAUAUAUUAUUAAUUACUCCAAUAAUAAUAAAUCAUGCAUGGGAACUCUACUCAUCAUCCUAGCUAGUAUCAAUUUAUCCACUUUAGUCAUGUUACAAAUUUACCUACUUUCCUUAUCCUUUGUUCAUUACCAUUUGGACAUCAUUUAUAGCAUUAUUUAAGAGUUGAUCUACUCAAUUAUUAAUACCACCAUGACAAAAACAUUUUCUUAUUUGAUUA